GACCCUGCGCCCGCCCCCAACCUCCCGCGGUCCCCGCCCCGGCCCCGCCCCCGCCAGGCGGAGGUGCCCGGCCAGCCCCCAGGCUCCAGGGCGCACUGCGCGUCCUCCUGCGCCGGUAGCGGGCAGCGGGCAGGAGCAGCGGGCAGGAGCAGCGGGCAGCAGCGCUUUGUCCGGCCGCGGAAGCCCGCGGCGAGCGCGCACCCCGAGGGACCCGGCCCCCGAGCCUCUCCAAGCAGCCCGAGCGCGCAACCCCGGAGCCUCCCGAGCAGCCGCGCAGCCCGCGCCGGGCCUCGGGACAAUGGGGCCGCGGCGGCUGCUGCUCCUCGCUGCGGGGCUCUGUCUGUGCGGCUCCCUGCGGGCCGCCCGCACCGGGACCUUCAUGCGAGGGUCAAAUGCCACAAAUGGAUCUGUGUAUCUUCGGACGUUUCCGAUCGUAUAUAGCAGUGAAUAUGAGCCCUUCCCAAUGGGGGAGGAGGAGGGGAAAAACGCAAGUGGAUUCACUGAAGCCUUCAAUCACAGCCAUCCUCUUCAACAACAGCCCUUUGUCUUCAUCUCCGAAGAUGUCUCAGGCUACCUGACCAGCACUUGGCUCACUGUCUUUAUCCCCUCUGUCUACACGGGCGUGAUUGUAGUAAGCCUGCCUCUCAACCUCACGGCCAUUGUUGUGUUCAUCUUGAAAAUGAAGAUCAAGAAGCCUGCCGUGGUCUACAUGCUGCACUUGGCCACGGCCGACGUGCUUUUCGUGUCUGUCCUGCCCUUUAAGAUCAGUUAUUACUUUUCGGGAACUGACUGGAAAUUCGGGUCCGAAAUGUGUCGCUUUGUCACCGCGGCCUUUUACGGUAACAUGUAUGCCUCCAUCAUGCUCAUGACAGUCAUAAGCAUCGACCGGUUUCUGGCUGUGGUGUACCCCAUCGAGUCCCUCUCCUGGCGCACCCUGGGCAGGGCCUCUCUCUCCUGUCUGGCCAUCUGGGCGGUAGCCGUGGCGGGAGUGCUGCCUCUCCUCCUCCAGGAGCAGACGGUGCGGGUGCCGGGGCUCAACAUAACCACCUGUCACGAUGUGCUCAACUCCUCCCUCCUCGAAGGCUACUACGCCUAUUACUUCUCGGCCUUCUCCGCCGUCUUCUUCUUCGUGCCUCUGAUUGUCUCCACGGUCUGUUACGUGUCUAUCAUUCGGUGUCUUAGCUCUCCCGCAGUUGCCAACCAGAACAAGAAGUCCCGGGCCCUCUUCCUGUCAGCUGCUGUUUUCAGCAUCUUCAUCCUUUGCUUUGGGCCCACAAACAUCCUCCUGAUUCUGCACUACUCCUCCUUUCUCUGGGGCUCCACGGCAAACACCGCCUAUUUUGCCUACCUCCUCUGCGUCUGUGUCAGCAGCCUCAGCUGUUGUCUCGACCCACUCAUCUACUAUUACGCCUCCUCGGAUUGCCAGAGGCACCUCUACAGUGUCUUGUGUUGCAAAGAGACUUCGGAUUCCAACAGUUAUAACAGCAGCGGCCAGUUGAUGGUGAGUAAGGUGGAUACUUGCUCUAGUAACCUGAAUAAUAGCAUUUAUAAAAAGCUAUUAACUUAGGAAAAGGGCACUUCUCAUGAGUUAAGUCGAAAAGGUUAAAGAGAAAAAAAAAAAAAGCAAGUACCAUGAGGACUCUAUGAUUCCCUGGCCCCCUCAAAACAAAGUAUCAUCUAAAACAACACAUAACUGGAUUUUGCAAGCCCCCUCAAAACAAAGUAUCAUCUAAAACAACACAUAACUGGAUUUUGCAAGCCUCUCAAAACAAAGUAUCAUCUAAAACAACACAUACUGGAUUUUGCAUGCCUCUUUCUUCUGAACAUCACUCGGCAUUUAUGUUUGUUAAUGACAGGAAAAGAAAACAGCCGGAGAAAACUCUUAGAGAGUAUUGCCAGUGCAAUAGUAAUAACUGCAUGUCACUCUUUGUCCUGUUUGAUGACUUACUAUAUAUGUGUGUGUAUGUGUGUGUGUUUACAUGCGUAUGUAUCGUCUACCGCGCAGUACAGAUUGGGCACUGUGGACUCUCACCCUCUGAGAUUAUAGACAUAAACUCUGACUCUGGUUUAAUAAGCAAAGUUUAGCUUGCUGGAGUUUAACCUUAAGCAUCCGUCAGCAGUGAGGGAUUCUACAGUUUGAAUUUAGCUUUAUUGAAUAAGAAUGUUUUGAAAGUGCUGGGCAGCAGUGCUGAAGUUACUGAGAACUAAGACUAUGCAGAAAAAACUCUGCUUUACUCAUUUAAGGCUAUCAAGCCUGAGCUCUUAAAUCAUGAAACAUAUGGCAGGGUCACUUUUUUUUUUUUUUUGAUGCUUUACAAGCUGUAUAUGUAAAUUUACAGAGUACAAGUGCCACAGUGACCUUCGGCUGGCUUUCAAAGUGACUUCCCCCCAAGGGAGGGAGGAGUCCAAGCAGUAGAUCCCAGAGCAGACCCAGACUGGCCACAAACUCUCCCACAGAAAGAAAGAACCGUCUGGCAGAAGGCAGCCGGACCGUCGUCACACUCUCCUCCUGGGAGUCCAUGAAGGGUUGACUGUGAACAGAUCAUGCUUAUUAAAAUUCACUGAAACCAGCUGUGCUGCUCCAGGAGAGAAUACUGUACUGUGCCAUUUCUCGUGACCAUGGAUGGACUUGUUGUGAGGGUGGAGAAGUAAUUGCUGUUUAUUCCCAGCACUUACCCUUCAAGGUCCUUUCGCAGAAGGAAGACCCACUGUGUGCUCUUUCUGGGCUUUCUGAUGGGGGUGGGCAUCCAGGCCUGUGUAAGGAGGAGAGCUACCUGUGAGACCAGCAGCGCACAGGCGCUGUGUAGGGCCGGGGGGUGGCCGAGCUGAUUUGAGAGCACACGUUAUAGAACGCAGUGUAGGAAGAGUCACUACAGAAGAGUCUUUUUAACCAGCGUUACCAAGCAUGCUUCUCACAUCAAGGCCUUCCGGUUGAAGAACAUUGAGCUUUUCUUGGUCUGACUUAUUUUGUGAGCCACUGCUUCUUGUGGCUGUGACUUGAGAAGAAGGUGACAGAAUACAGGAAGUUCAACUUUGACAAGUCUAUCCAUCUCCAUUGAUUGGAUGUUAUUUAUUUAAUAUGUUUGUUUAAGACAUGACUCAAAAUCAGAAUUACUUAGAUGUUAUGUCAAUCUUAAUGGAAAUAGAAUAAAAGUGAAUUGAUCAACAAGGGCAACAAAAGGGAAUAAAUAAAAUAAAUAAAUAUUUUUAAAAAACUGAAUUGAUUUUGAAAUGUAGGAAAACUAUUCACUAUUUUUCACUUUUCCUAAUGAGUUCAUGUGAUGAUUUUAAAAGCAUUUCUUCAGCCCACUGAUAAGUUUCAAGUAUGACAUCCUCGUGGUUUGGACAGAAUAGUCUGAUAUUUAGGAUGGAAUAUAUGGUCUUUUCCUUGUAGAAAAAAAAAAGUUGAUAUCUUAAAUAAAUAAAUAAUAGUGAACAGUGCCAGGUAAAUAUUGACUUAUUUAAAAGAGCAAGCUAUGUCUAGAUGUCACAAAGUAAUUGACGUAGACGUGUAAGUAGCACUGAUGUUGCUGAUUAGCUGUGUUGGCUUUACCUACCUGAUGGAGGCCCUCUGCUGUCCGUAUUUACUCAGUCUGUGUGUCACAAGGCUCUGACUUAGUAAGGCUGUCACUGCUGUAACUCUCACUCUGUACUCAUAAAUCCUUGUCACUUGUUAUAUUCUCUCUUUUUAAAGAGGUGUAUGUGGUCUCUAUUAAUAAACAUGAAAAAGUU